UUUCAAUCCGGUGUGUUAAGUAAGGGUGUUCCAUGACUGGAAUUGAGAACCACUGACUUGGAAUGGAAUUCUUUCUUUAGAUAAAACUUGCCAUUCACCAACCCUGAUCAAAGCCGCCUACCUCAGAUUUUUCUAAUGAUCCCAAAGACAUUGACUGGCACUGAUUAACAUGCUCGGGUGUGUUUGACUAGGGUUGGAGCUAAACUCUGCAGGAAUGUGGAUCUCGAAGUCCAGAUUUAAGGAUCUCUGGUCUAUAUGCACAAACUAAAGCUGACUAUCUGUGUUCAUGCAGUGAAGCCAGGUCAAUGUCCCAUACCGGAGAUGAUCCCACUCUGUGCUGAUAGCUGUUUCAAUGAUGGCCAGUGUCCUGCCACACAGAAAUGUUGCCCAACCACCGGUGGCUUUGCAUGCAGUGAACCGCGUGGCCAGGGAAGAGGUCAGGCAACUUGCCAUGGAAACGGUUCUGGCCAGGGAAGCGGCUAUGGCCAGGGCGCGGGUCAGGGAAGCGGCUAUGGCCAGGGCGCGGGUCAGGGAAGCGGCUAUGGCCAGGGCGCGGGUCAGGGAAGCGGCUAUGGCCAGGGCGCGGGACAGGGAAGCGGCUAUGGCCAGGGCGCGGGACAGGGCGCAGGACAGGGAAGCGGCUAUGGCCAGGGUGCGGGACAGGGCGCAGGACAGGGAAGCGGCUAUGGCCAGGGCGCAGGUCAGGGAAGCGGCUUUGGUCAGGGUGCAGGACAGGGUGCUGGCCAGGGAAGCGGCUAUGGCCUGGGAAGCGGCUAUGGCCAGGGUGCAGGAGUUGGACAGGGAAGUGGCGCAGGAGUUGGACAGGGAAGCGGCUAUGGCCAGGGUGCUGGAGCAGGACAGGGAAGCGGCUAUGGCCAGGGCGCUGGAGCAGGACAGGGAAGCGGCUAUGGCCAGGGCGCUGGAGCAGGACAGGGAAGCGGCUAUGGCCAGGGCGCUGGAGCAGGACAGGGAAGCGGCUAUGGCCAGGGCGCUGGAGCUGGACAGGGAAGCGGCUAUGGCCAGGGCGCAGGAGCUGGACAGGGAAGCGGCUAUGGCCAGGGCGCAGGAGCUGGACAGGGAAGCGGCUAUGGCCAGGGUGCAGGAGCUGGACAGGGAAGCGGCUAUGGCCAGGGCGCAGGAGCUGGACAGGGAAGCGGCGCUGGAGCAGGACAGGGAAGCGGCGCUGGAGCAGGACAGGGAAGCGGCUAUGGCCAGGGCGCUGGAGCAGGACAGGGAAGCGGCUAUGGCCAGGGCGCAGGAGCAGGACAGGGAAGCGGCGCAGGAGCAGGACAGGGAAGCGGCGCAGGAGCAGGACAGGGAAGCGGCGCAGGAGCAGGACAGGGAAGCGGCGCAGGAGCAGGACAGGGAAGCGGCGCAGGAGCAGGACAGGGAAGCGGCGCAGGAGCAGGACAGGGAAGCGGCGCAGGAGCAGGACAGGGAAGCGGCGCAGGAGCAGGACAGGGAAGCGGCGCAGGAGCAGGACAGGGAAGCGGCGCAGGAGCAGGACAGGGAAGCGGCGCAGGAGCAGGACAGGGAAGCGGCUAUGGCCAGGGCGCAGGAGCAGGACAGGGAAGCGGCGCUGGCCAGGGCGCUGGAGCAGGACAGGGAAGCGGCGCUGGCCAGGGCGCUGGAGCAGGACAGGGAAGCGGCUAUGGCCAGGGCGCUGGAGCAGGACAGGGAAGCGGUGCAAGAGCAGGACAGGGAAGCGGCUAUGGCCAGGGCGCUGGAGCAGGACAGGGAAGCGGCGCUGGAGCAGGACAGGGAAGCGGCGCUGGAGCAGGACAGGGAAGCGGCGCUGGAGCAGGACAGGGAAGCGGCGCUGGAGCAGGAGCAGGACAGGGAAGCGGCGCUGGCCAGGGCGCUGGAGCAGGAGCCGGACAGGGAAGUGGCGCUGGAGCAGGAGCCGGACAGGGAAGUGGCGCUGGAGCAGGAGCAGGACAGGGAAGUGGCGCUGGAGCAGGAGCAGGACAGGGAAGUGGCGCUGGAGCAGGAGCAGGACAGGGAAGUGGCGCUGGAGCAGGAGCAGGACAGGGAAGUGGCGCUGGAGCAGGAGCAGGACAGGGAAGUGGCGCUGGAGCAGGAGCAGGACAGGGAAGCGGCGCUGGAGCAGGAGCAGGACAGGGAAGCGGCGCUGGCCAGGGCGCUGGAGCAGGACAGGGAAGCGGCGCUGGCCAGGGCGCUGGAGCAGGACAGGGAAGCGGCGCUGGCCAGGGCGCUGGAGCCGGACAGGGAAGCGGCGCUGGCCAGGGCUCUGGAGGCGGACAGGGAAGCGGCGCUGGGGCAGGAGCCGGACAGGGAAGCGGCGCUGGGGCAGGAGCCGGACAGGGAAGCGGCGCUGGCCAGGGUGCUGGAACAGGAGCAGGACAGGGAAGUGGCGCUGGAGCAGGAGCCGGACAGGGAAGUGGCGCUGGAGCAGGACAUGGAAGCGGCUAUGGCCAGGGCGCAGGAGCUGGACACGGAAGCGGCGCUGGAGCAGGAGCAGGACACGGAAGCGGCACUGGAGCAGGACAGGGAAGCGGUGCUGGCCAGGGAGCUGGAGCAGGACAGGGAAGCGGCGCUGGAGCAGGACAGGGAAGCGGCUAUGGCCAGGGCGCUGGAGCAGGACAGGGAAGCGGCGCUGGAGCAGGACAGGGAAGCGGCGCUGGAGCAGGACAGGGAAGCGGCGCUGGAGCAGGACAGGGAAGCGGCUAUGGCCAGGGCGCUGGAGCAGGACAGGGCAGCGGCGCUGGAGCAGGACAGGGCAGCGGCGCUGGAGCAGGACAGGGAAGCGGCGCUGGAGCAGGACAGGGAAGCGGCUAUGGCCAGGGCGCUGGAGCAGGACAGGGAAGCGGCGCUGGAGCAGGACAGGGAAGCGGCUAUGGCCAGGGCGCUGGAGCAGGACAGGGAAGCGGCGCUGGAGCAGGACAGGGAAGCGGCUAUGGCCAGGGCGCUGGAGCAGGACAGGGAAGCGGCGCUGGAGCAGGACAGGGAAGCGGCUAUGGCCAGGGCGCUGGAGCAGGACAGGGAAGCGGCGCUGGAGCAGGACAGGGAAGUGGCGCUGGAGCAGGACAGGGAAGCGGCUAUGGCCAGGGCGCUGGAGCAGGACAGGGAAGCGGCGCUGGAGCAGGACAGGGAAGCGGCUAUGGCCAGGGCGCUGGAGCAGGACAGGGAAGCGGCUAUGGCCAGGGCGCUGGAGCAGGACAGGGAAGCGGCGCUGGAGCAGGACAGGGAAGCGGCUAUGGCCAGGGCGCUGGAGCAGGACAGGGAAGCGGCGCUGGAGCAGGACAGGGAAGCGGUUAUGGCCAGGGCGCCGGAGCAGGACAGGGAAGCGGUUAUGGCCAGGGCGCUGGAGCAGGACAGGGAAGCGGCGCUGGAGCAGGACAGGGAAGCGGCUAUGGCCAGGGCGCUGGAGCAGGACAGGGAAGCGGCGCUGGAGCAGGACAGGGAAGCGGCUAUGGCCAGGGCGCUGGAGCAGGACAGGGAAGCGGCGCUGGAGCAGGACAGGGAAGCGGCGCUGGAGCAGGACAGGGAAGCGGCGCUGGAGCUGGACAGGGAAGCGGCUAUGGCCAGGGCGCUGGAGCAGGACAGGGAAGCGGCGCUGGAGCAGGACAGGGAAGCGGCUAUGGCCAGGGCGCUGGAGCAGGACAGGGAAGCGGCGCUGGCCAGGGCGCUGGAGCAGGACAGGGAAGUGGCGCUGGAGCAGGACAGGGAAGCGGCUAUGGCCAGGGCGCUGGAGCAGGACAGGGAAGCGGCGCUGGAGCAGGACAGGGAAGCGGCUAUGGUCAGGGCGCUGGAGCAGGACAGGGAAGCGGCUAUGGCCAGGGCGCUGGAGCAGGACAGGGAAGCGGCGCUGGAGCAGGACAAGGAAGCGGCUAUGGCCAGGGCGCUGGAGCAGGAGCAGGACAGGGAAGUGGUCAAGGGAAGUGUCGGGGAUGUGGCAAAGGUCAAUGUCGCCUUUAGGGACAUGUUCAUGGGAAUUUUGCAUAAUACUUUCUGGGGGUCUUUUCCAAUUCUUUUGUUCAGAUGUCAUGUUUUCCCUGUUUGCUCAAACUGUUUAGAAAGAUUUUCUGACUCUCUCUACCACUACUAUCACCUCAAAUAAAUAAAAAAUUGCUUGAUUUGAA